UCAGGCGGGAAGGCGGGCGGCGGAGGGAGGAGCAGCAGCGGCAGCGGCAUCAGCGAGAGCACCGUCUGCAGCCGCGAGGAGCAAUGCCGCACCGAGGCGCAGGAUCCUGGUUCCAGUCCCGGAACAAGCCCAGGGGAACGGCCCUCACCACCCUCUUGCUGACAGUGUAUACAAUUCUCUCCAAGGUGCAUUCUGAUCGAAAUGUAUACCCUUCUGCUGGAGUUCUCUUUGUUCAUGUUUUGGAGAGAGAGUAUUUUAAGGGGGAAUUUCCUCCUUAUCCAAAGCUUGGUGGGAUAAACAAUGAUCCCAUAACAUUUAAUACAAACCUAAUGGGUUACCCUGAUAGACCUGGCUGGUUGCGCUACAUCCAAAGAACACCAUAUAGUGAUGGUGUGCUAUAUGGAUCACCAACUAUAGAAAACAUGGGCAAGCCAACUAUCAUUGAGAUCACUGCUUAUAAUAGGCGUACCUUCGAGACAGCAAGAAAUAAUUUGAUUAUUAAUAUAAUGUCGGCAGAAGAUCUUCUUUUACCAUAUCAAGCAGAAUUCUUCAUUAAAAACAUGAAUGUAGAGGAAAUGUUGGCAAGUGAGGUUCUCGGAGAUUUCCUUGGAGCCGUGAAAAAUGUGUGGCAGCCUGAGCGCCUGAAUGCCAUAAAUAUUACCUCAGCUCUUGAUAGGGGAGGCAGAGUGCCCCUUCCUAUUAAUGACAUGAAAGAAGGUGUCUAUGUUAUGGUUGGUGCAGAUGUUACAUUCUCCUCGUGCUUACGGGAAGUAGAAAACCCACAGAAUCAGCUGAGAUGCAGUCAAGAAAUGGAACCUAUAAUAACUUGUGAUAAAAAGUUUCGUACUCAGUUUCACAUAGACUGGUGUAAAAUCUCUUUGGUUGAUAAAACACAGCAAGUUUCUACUUACCAAGAAGUGAUCCGUGGAGAAGGCAUAUUGCCAGAUGGUGGUGAAUAUAAGCCACCUUCUGAAAAUCUGAAAAGCCGAGAUUAUUAUUCAGACUUCCUCAUUACUUUGGCAGUUCCCUCUGCAGUUGCACUGGUGCUUUUUCUAAUACUUGCUUAUAUUAUGUGCUGCCGGCGAGAAGGAGUGGAAAAGAGAAACAUGCAAACACCAGACAUUCAGUUGGUCCAUCACAACGCAAUUCAGAAAUCCACAAAAGAACUUCGGGAGAUGUCAAAAAACAGAGAGAUAGCAUGGCCUCUCUCAACACUUCCUGUUUUUCACCCAGUCACUGGUGAGAUUGUACCACCUGUUCACCCAGACAGUUAUGACAAUACUAGCAUGCCACUGAUGCAAACACAACAGAACCUGCCUCAUCAGACUCAGAUUCCCCAGCAGCAAACAGAAGGUAAAUGGUAUCCCUGAGGAAAGAAAAUUUACAGAAGCGAUUAAUUUGUAAUUAAAACAACCAAGACAAGUGUUCAUUUCUUUAUUUUCUCCAAUGACGCAUGAAUUUUUCUGGUGCAUGCCUACCAAAUAUUCCGAUGUCAAGUAGUAUCACUUCCAUAUUGUUACCUGUACUGUAUCUUUUUGUACUUCAGAUAUUUUCAAUGAAUUUGUAAAAUACUAAUUUUUAUAUUUGUGACAUUAAAACAUUUAUAAGACAUUCAGCUAUUCAUUCUUUCAAUUGUAUUCCAUUAUGUACAGAAGUACUGUACAAAUAAAAUGAAUGUCAAAUCCA